AUGGGUAGAUUUUUAAUAAAAACGCAAGAAAAGCCCACGGAGACGAUUACAGAAAAUAAACUGAUGGAAGUUGAUACGCAACCAUCAACAUCAUUUACCACACAGAAAGACGAAAAAAAUGAAAUAACACAAAACACUAUUAUUUUAAGUGAAAGUGACAAUAGUAGUAGGUCAUCUGAUGAAAAAACGAUAAAGAAAAAUAAAUAUAUACAGAAAUUUAAAGACUCAUGGCUUGAAGACAUAAAAUUCAACACAUGGUUAGUGAGAAAUCCAAGGCAACAAGAUCAGCCCUUUUGCAAAUUAUGUUCCAAGGGUAAGAUUAUGGGGAACUACACGAAAAAAAGUAAGAGGAGUCAGUCACCCAAGGAAGUAAUAGAGAAUGCCGUAAAUAGAGUUUUACAUAAUAAUGAAUCGGUUAGAUCAGUGACCAGAGAUGCUAUUUGUCAUGUAACUCUCUCCAGAUAUGUUAGGCGAUUUAGGCAAAACAACAAUAAUGGCAAAGAUACAAGUUAA